AAUUUUGAUAAAAUUCCUUUAAUUUGAAUAUAUAAACUAAAAAUUGUACUUCUAUUUCACAUCAUUGCACUAGUGAUACUUGUUAACUUCAGUAGCAAGUUCUUAGAAUUAUUAAAAAAAUGUCUCUAGUAACUGGAAAAUACGUUAAGACUGGAGAAGAAGGCUUAAAAGAAUUGAUGAAAAAGCAAGGAGUACCAGAAAAUUUCGUUAACCGUCCACAAGAUGAGAAAUUUGUAAGUGAAUACAAACUAGACGGCAACAAAAUCACCAAAAGUCAUAUUGUUGAAGGAGCUGCAGACAAAACAAGAACGAGAGAAAUCAUUUUAGGACAAGAAUACGAAGAACAAUUUGGACCUCGUAAAGUCAAGAAUGUGGCCACACUUGAAGGAAAUGUUCUCACAAUAACAACUCUUCAUGAUGAUGGAUCAGCAGGAACAAAAAGAAUACACACUUUUUCAGAGGAUGGACUAGUAGUUGUUCAUAAAAGUAGCAAAGAAGAAGGGAAAAUGAUGUUCAAGAGGUUGUAAGAAAACAGGAGACAAACAUUUUAUAUGUUUUAUUUAAAUUUAAAAUUUUUGAGUAAAAAAUUAUAAAAGUAA